AUGCCCCCAAAAGGUUGGAGAAAAGAUGCCCAGGGCAAUUACCCAACAACAUCUUACAUCAAGGAGCAGGAGAAUAUUACCAUCCAAGACCUCUUGUUUUUAAAGAGUGUAAUUACCAAUUUAGCGAAAGAUGUUAAUCAUGGUGACAAAAGAUUAAUGAUCAACAAGGAUGCUAUAUUAGCACUUCAAAGAAGUGCCACGGUCUUCGUCAACCAUCUAUUGAUGUUUGCCAGAGAGAACUCCAGAAGUCAAGACCGUAAGAGUUGUAAUAUUAAUGAUGUACUAGAUGGAUUGGAUCAAAUCGGAUUUGGCGGGUUUAAAACAAUACUAUCUACAAAGAUGGUAGAUUAUCAAAGAGCAUUGGAAUUGAGAAAGAUAAAUAGAAGUAGGAAACCAGUGGAAAGUAAGGUGGAAUCGCCGCAGGAACAGCAUCAAGAGGAACCUCAGGAGGAACCUCAAGAGGUUCAAGAAGCUCAGGAAGCUCAAGAUGAAUCUAAUAAAACCAGGAAGAUAGACCAUUCAUAA